CGACCCCGAAUAUAAGGCGACCUGCAGUUUCAGGAGGCCAAACAAAUGUAAAAAUAAUUUUUGGUAGAAAUUAAUGUGAAAAUUCAUUAGACAUACAUUUUGUGUUGAUAAAUCGUUUUUGCAUUUAUGUAUAACAAUUAAUUUAUAUUUAUCACUUUACUUAUUUAAAAUAAGUUUGAAUGGCCUACCCUAAAAGUCAAAAGAAAACAAUUAGAAAAUAUUUACACUUUUAAAUAUUACACUAGAAAUUUUUUCGUGUUUACUCUAAUGAAGCUGCAUAAUUGUCAUCUUCAGAGCUGUUUAUUUGUCUAGAGCUCGUUCCCCGCCGUUCCACCCAUGUGUGAUUGUUGAUUUUUCACAGUUUACUGUAUCUACGAAUUUAAAAUUUUUACAAUGGCUAUUAAUCACUCUUAAAAUACAGCAUUUAACUUUCCGUUUGACUUAAGCUACGUAUUACCACAGAACAAGGUGUAUUACUAUUUAGUAGUGUGUUUAACGUAAAAAAAGCAAACAAAUAAUGCAUCUUGCCGGAACAAAACAAGUGGCUAGCUGACAUGAUGAAGCAUACGGCCAUGAAUAACUUCGGUUACGUGACCGCGUAUAUUUGUCCAUAUUACUCUCUGACAGAGAGAGUCUGUUCUAUGAAUUUGAAAGAAUAAUCUAUUAUAAUUAUGAAAGGUUUUUACAUAAAUAAAGAGUGGAUUAUUAAAAUAGCUUUUGAAGCAACGUACCAAAUUCCUGUUAAUAUGGCGUCUUCGAGCGUGUUCGGCAAUGUUCGUUUUACAACAAAGAAAUAUUGUGGAAAGACAGUUGGCAGCCGUGAAUUUCCAUACAUUACAUCCGAAAUGUUUGUAAACGUAAACAAUCGUUCUGAAAAUAACUGUGAUAUUUUAGUACAAAUAUUUCAGUUAAAAAUCUGAAGAUAAAUUACCGUAAAUGUUAACACGCGAUUGUACACAAAGUACAAAUAUGAAUUGUGAAAUAAAAGGUUGCCAUUUUGAGAUGCUUCAACAUUCACGUUUUUACUCAAGAACAAAUAUUUUAAUUUUCAACUUCAAACAAUUGUAAAUUACUGCAAUAUUAGGUGGAUUUAUUGUUUUUACCGUGUGAGCACAGGCACCGUGUGGUGGUUCCUGUCGGGCGGUGAUCUGCGCCAAGUAGAGCUGCACUACAGCUCGCACGUGGAUGUGGGCGUGUUCGCCUUGGACUCUGGCGCCAACGUGUCGACACACGUACACCCAGCCCCGUGGGCCGCCGGCGGCAACAGGUGUGCUUUCUCGGCACCGUACCUGAUGUGCCUGUCGAAGCAAGGGGAGGAGACGGUGCUGACAACUCUGGACUGCGAGGGAGGGGCGGUCGAGAGCCGGCCGCUGGCGGAGCUGGUGGACGACGACUCGCUUCGCGGUCCGGAGGCCGUCGUGGAGCCUGUCCCGGGAGGCGUCCCGGCCGUGGCCCUGGUGGGCGCCGAGUCCUCCAAGUACCUCAUCUACCGCCACGGCUCAGGGCUGAGGAGCUUCGUGGCCCCUCUGCCCACCGCGUCGUCGCUGACGGUGACGUUCCUGGAGGAGGACCUCGCCUUGCACUUCACGGAGCCCGGACCUCACGGCGUGGAUCUGCAAGUGGCGGACCUGCUGACGGGAGACCUCCUCUCGGAGUUGUCGGGGAGGCUGGAUGCAGAGCUGCCGGCCCACUGGUCCAUCUCCGCGGCCACCUGCGGCUCCCGCAAAGGGCGUGGGCCCGGGUGCAAGAUCCUCUUCAGCUGCCUGGACCACUCCAUAGCCCUGGUCAUGCAUCCAGGUAAAACAGUGUGGGUGCGUGAGGAAGCACUGGCAUCCAUUAUAGCAGUCGAAAUGUUGGAUCUUCCGGUGUCCGACACGGAUGCAGCCAUCGAACAGGAAUUUGACCACAAAGAGUCGGGAUUCGUCGGCAUGUUCGUGCACCGCAUCGCCAGCCAGCUGUUCCAGCUGCGCGCCGCGCUGCUCGCCGUGCUGGGCAUGGGCGACUCCCAGUCGGACGGUGAUCGGGCGGGCCUCGUGCGCGACGAGUUCGGCCUGCACAAGGUCAUCGUGGCGGCCACCGCGUCCGGCAAGGUGUUUGGCAUCGACAACCUGAACGGCGAGGUGUUGUGGCAGCACUGGCUGGAAGACGGGGAGCCCUUCACGAGUGGAACAUCGCACAAACCACACGCAGUCCUCUUUGUUCAGAGAACCAACAGGCACUUCCCAAAGCCUGCCCAGUGUGUUCUGGUGUUGAGAAGCAAGGCGACCGGGGAGGGCCUGCUGCUGGUGUUCAACCCGAUCACGGGGCAGGCGGUGGACGGGGGGCCCGAGCGGCUGGGCUACGCCGUGAGGCAGGCCUCCCUCCUGCACCAGCCGGGCAGGGACUCCGUGCGGGGCGUGCUGCUGCUCGACACGGCCGGGCGGCUGCACGUGUUCCCGAAGAGCGCCCGGGAGGUGGCCGUCUCCGUGGCCCCGGCCACCUUCCUGUUCACCGCGGAGCCGGGCGGGACGCUCACGGGCCACUCCCUGGCCUUCUCCCGCGGAGACGAACUGGUGGCGAAGCCAGUGUGGACUGUGAGGCUGACGGACAGAAUCACAGCCAUCGUGGGGAAGAGUCCCCUGGAGCGGGUCCACUCCCAGGGCAGAGUCCUGGGCGACCGCAGCGUCCUCUACAAGUACGUCAACCCCAACUUGGUGGCGGUGGUGACCGAGGCCACGGACGCUGUGCACAAAUUCGUGACGAGUGUGUACCUGCUGGACGUGGUGUCUGGGUCGGUGGUGUUCUCCACGGUGCACCGCCGGGCACGGGGCCCCGUCCACCUGGUGCACUCGGAGAACUGGGUGGUCUACACCUACUUCAGCGACAAGUUCCGUCGCACCGAGCUGGUGGCCCUUGAGCUGUACGAGGGCAAGGUCCAGAGCAACACCACAGCGUUUUCAUCCGUGUCGACUCCUCUGCAGCCGAUAGUUGACCGGCAGGCAUUCAUACUGCCCUCACAUGUGCAGUCCAUGAAGGAGACUAUAACCGAGAAAGGAAUUACCAGCAAGCACAUUCUAGUCGCCCUGGCGAGCGGCUGGGUGCUGGAGCUGCCGUGGGUGUUCGUGGACCCGCGCCGCCCCAGCACGGUGACCCCGGAGAUGCGCGAGGAGGGCGUGAUCCCCUACAUGCCGGAGCUGCCCCUCCCGUCGGACUCCGUCAUCAACUACAACCAGACGCUGGAGCGGGUCCGGGGGAUCCACACGUCGCCCAGCGGCCUCGAGUCCACCUGCCUGGUGCUGGUGUACGGCCUGGAUGUAUUUUACACGCGUGUGGCACCAUCGAAAACAUUUGAUCUUUUGAAGGAAGAUUUUGACUACUACCUGAUCACAGUGGUGCUAUCAGCUCUUCUGAUUGCAUCGUACGUCACCAAGAAGUUGGCGUCCAAGAAAGCGCUGAAGCAGGCGUGGAAAUGACUGUUGUCCAAUCAGCGCAGCACUUCUUCCAUCCUGCUGUUGAGAUGCUGGUCAUCAAUUAAGUUUCUCAUUUUGUAGUUAACAGCUCACAGAAGGGAGCAGAAAAAAUUUGUGUAUGUUUUACCAGUUGGCUAGGACAGAACUUGUUGGAAUGGAAAGUAAAGCAGUGAUGUGAUUUUGUUAGAUUGUUCGAUUUAAUGUAAUUUUGUUGUUGUUGUUGGUGAUUGAAUCUUUUAUGUGGUUGUAAAAUUGUAAAUUAUUUGUAUUAAAAAUAAAUGUUUUGUGUUUUUUAAAGGACACAUGUUUCCAAUGUUAA